ACGCCGGCUGCCCCAGCCGGCGUCUCGGUGCCGGUGCCCGUCCCGGUGCCGCAGCCGUCGCCCGCGGGGGCAGCCUCUAUUCCCGUCCCGCAGCCCGUGGCGGCGGCCCCGCGCGUCCCGAUUCCUGUGCCGCAACCCGUUUCAGCGCCGGCCCCGUCCGCUGUGUCGAGCGCGCCACGGCUGGCGGUGCCCGUGCCCGUCCCUGCGCCGCAGUCUAUCCCAACUGUCACGGUUCCAUUCCAGCCCGGCGGCGCCGCCGCGCCCGCGGCCGCGCCGACGCUGCCGCCGCACCUCCAGGGGGUUGUGCGCGCGCAGGCCGCCGCGCAUGCACCGACCGGCUACGAGCUGCAGAGGCAGCGGGCGGCGGCGGGAGCGGGCGCGCCGCAGGUUGCGCGGCCCGCGCAGGUGCCCGUGGCGCAGCCUGUGUACCCGGCCUACACCAAUUUUGCCUUGGUGCAGCAGCAACAGCAGCAGCAACAGCAGCAGCAGCAGCAGCAGCAGCAGCAGCAGCAGCAGUGGAGCCAGCAGGCCGCGCGACCUGCCAUGCAGCAGCCAGCCCUGCAGCAGCCGUCGCUGCAGCAGGUCAUGCAGCAGCAGUUGGCGCAGCAGCGGGCGCAGCAGAUGGCGCAGCAGAUGGCGCAGCAGCCAUCAGCAGCGUUGUACAGUGCUGGCGCCACACCGGCUGCGCCGCGGCCGCGAGGGCCUGGGUUUGCGCCCGGCGCAUGGUCGUGCAGCGUGUGCACAUACGAGCACAAGGGCCCAGAGGCUGGGUUCCUGGCGUGCGCCAUGUGCGGCACCGAGCGCACUGAGUAG